GGGCCAUUCAUUCGCCAGUCUUCGGAAAGAGCUUGCUUGCGUCGGUCGCUUCUCUCAAACGGAACGGGAAAACGUCACAACAAUCCUCUUGUGUUUGGGUGUUGCAAGAGAAAAAAAAAAAUAAAAGGCAUAAAAAGCAGAGCGCAGAGUGAAAAGAAAGCCAAAAUUUUGUGCGGAAAAAGUGAAACUGAAGCAGGGCGGCGUUUUAUUUGCGGAAAAGUCGGUGUGUUUUUUGGAAGCGGUUUCCGUCGGUGACCCGUGACCAGAGUUUUCAGUGAUGCGUUUCGGUGGCCACUGGAAGAAAGAGUGACUAGUUUUUUUUUCUGUUCGGGGAGAACCAGCUCUUAGUGGGCCCCGUUUGGUGAUCAAUCUUGUUUGUGUGCGGUGUGGAGAAAAUCAAUUCGGAGUGGCCGUACAGUUUUUUCGGAUUACCAACGUCGUAGAACCCAUCCGUCUAUCUUCAUCGAUUGAAGGUUGUUGGAAGUGGAUUUUCCAAAGGAAUCGAAGACCGUGUACUUUUCGGAGGCUAAUUUUGGCCGUCAUUCAGAAGCGAGAAGAAAAAAAGCGAGAAUAAUCAACGCAGUGAAAAAUUAGUCGUAUAAACCUGAGAAAUCAGCAGGAAAAGAGUGAAAAUCAGAGAAACAUAAGAAGCAUAGAAAGAAAAAUAAGCAUCAACUGCAGAAUAGUACGUAGAAGUGUUAGUACGCAAUCAUAGUGUUACGAGUUGAGAACUGAAACGAAAGGGGAGCGGAAGCGUGUGCCGCCAGGUGUGUUUGCGGUGGAGUAAACAAAAAAAAAGCAAGAAGCAUCCAAAACAUACCAUUUGGGAAGUCGUCGAAGCGUAUCUCGCAUACUAGCGGAGACGAUCAGUUAGUUUGAACCACGCGCCCCCUGAGAAGAGAGGUGCCCAGAAGAAGUGAUAUAGUGCAGAAGGGGACCUGAAGAAGAGCACCCGAAACAUACAUCUAGGUGUGUAGCUCCCCCCCAGUCGACGAUAGAACCCAAAAGUUCGAUUUUUUCGAUUCUUUGUGGCUGGCAUUUCCUGUUAUUUUCCCCCUUGGUCAGAAUCGAGUAUUGCGUGCACUAUACCUAGUGGAAUCAAUCGCGGUUCGACCUUAUAGCACAUGGAUGUGGUGGAGUGAGAAGAAUUUCAGAAAAUAGAAUAGUUUUAAGUGUGUUCCUCUGCCCGGUGAAUCGCAUUCGCGGUGGUUCCAAAUCGACGCGACUGCAGAGGUUGAGAAAAAUCGAUAAUCUUCCCGUUGUUCGGAGCGUUCGGUGCGGAAUAUCCAACGCCCAGAGUGACGAAGGUUGAAUUGUUCAUGUGAAAGUGACGCAAUAGUGAAGUAAGAAAUCUAUCCCUAGAAUUUGAUUUAAUCGUGUCUGGUUGAGUUCAAGAAGAAAACAAAGCAACAAUGGCCUUGGAGGAGACCCAGAACGGGACGGUAGUCCAACAGAAGGAAGGUGCUCAGAAGCAGACGCCGCAGAUGCAACCUUCCUCGUCCAGCGAGAAGCUGAAUGCCUUGGCCAAUGGGACCAACGAAAAAGCACGCAACAACAACAAACAGAACGACACAAACACAGCUUUCCUCAGGGCAGCCCGGGCCGGAGAUCUACAGAAACUGAUAGAGUACCUCGAGACCGGACAGGUCACAGACAUAAACACAUGCAAUGCGAACGGUCUAAACGCCCUGCACCUCGCCGCCAAGGAUGGCCACUUCGAAAUAGUCCAGGAGCUGCUGAAACGCGGAGCCAACGUAGACAACGCAACCAAAAAGGGCAACACGGCGCUUCACAUAGCCUCGUUGGCCGGUCAGAAAGAAAUCAUCCAGCUGCUGCUCCAGUACAACGCCUCCGUCAAUGUGCAAUCCCAAAACGGCUUCACGCCCCUCUACAUGGCCGCCCAGGAGAACCACGACGAAUGCGUUAACCUGCUGCUGGCAAAGGGAGCGAAUCCGGCCCUGGCUACGGAGGACGGAUUCACACCUCUGGCCGUAGCGAUGCAGCAAGGUCACGAUAAAGUCGUGGCGGUUUUACUCGAGAGUGACACCCGGGGAAAGGUGCGGUUACCGGCUCUCCACAUAGCGGCCAAGAAGGACGACGUCAAAGCGGCGACUCUUUUGCUCGAGAAUGAACACAAUCCCGACGUGUCGUCCAAGAGCGGUUUCACGCCACUGCACAUAGCCGCCCACUAUGGGAAUGUCAAUGUCGCCCAGCUGUUGAUCGAGAAGGGUGCCGAUGUUAAUUUCACCGCCAAGCACAACAUCACCCCCCUGCACGUGGCCUGCAAGUGGGGCAAGCUGAAUAUGGUGUCGAUGCUGAUCAAGAACUCGGCCCGGAUCGACGCCGUAACUCGGGAUGGCCUCACACCGUUGCAUUGUGCAGCCCGAUCCGGACACGAUCAGGUCAUCGAUCUGCUACUGGAGCACAAUGCCGACAUCAUUGCCAAGACCAAGAACGGCCUCGCUCCGUUGCACAUGGCAGCACAAGGCGAGCACGUGAGUGCCGCCAAAAUUCUUCUGGUCCACAAAUCUCCGGUAGACGACAUCACCAUAGAUUACCUAACGGCGCUACACGUGGCCGCUCACUGUGGCCACGUCAAAGUGGCCAAACUGCUACUGGAUCGGAACGCCGACCCGAAUGCCCGAGCCCUCAACGGCUUCACACCGUUGCACAUUGCGUGCAAAAAGAAUCGCAUCAAGGUCGUGGAAUUGCUGCUGAAACACGGUGCUACCAUCAGUGCUACCACGGAGAGUGGCCUGACGCCGCUGCAUGUGGCCAGUUUUAUGGGCUGCAUGAACAUUGUGAUCUACCUGCUGCAGCACGACGCUAGUCCCGAUAUACCGACGGUGCGCGGGGAAACCCCACUGCAUUUGGCCGCCCGGGCCAAGCAAGCCGACAUCAUACGGAUUCUGCUGCGGAAUGGGGCGUAUGUGAAUGCGCAGGCACGGGAGGAUCAGACGCCGCUGCACGUUGCCUCGAGAAUCGGCAACGUCGACAUCGUGAUGCUACUGCUCCAGCACGGUGCCAAAAUCGACGCCACCACCAAGGACAACUACACCCCGCUGCACAUCGCUGCCAAAGAGGGCCAGGACGACGUGGCGGCAGUCCUGCUGGACAACAAAGCCAACAUGGAAGCUGUCACCAAGAAGGGCUUCACCCCGCUUCACCUGGCGGCCAAAUACGGCAACCUGGAGUGCGCACAGUUGCUACUUGACCGCGGUGCACAAGUAGACGUCCAGGGCAAGAACGGCGUCACCCCGCUGCACGUUGCUAGUCACUACGAUCACCAGAAGGUAGCGCUUCUGCUGCUGGAGAAAGGUGCUUCGCCCUACUCGCCGGCCAAAAACGGCCACACCCCGUUGCACAUCGCUUCGAAGAAGAACCAAAUGGAUAUUGCAAAUACUCUUCUGGAGUACAAGGCGGACGCCAAUGCGGAAAGCAAGACAGGUUUCGCCCCGCUGCAUCUCAGUGCCCAGGAAGGUCACCGGGAUAUGUCUAAACUACUCCUGGAUAACGGCGCCAACCCGAACCAUGCCGCCAAGAAUGGGCUGACACCGCUGCACUUGUGCGCCCAGGAAGAUCACACUGAGAUCGCCAAGGUUCUUCUGGAUCACGGUGCCAAUGUUGAACCGGCAACGAAAACCGGCUUCACGCCAUUGCACGUGGGUGCUCACUUCGGUCAGAUCAACAUCGUCAAGUUCCUGCUGGAGAACGAUGCCAACAUCGAAAUGAAGACCAAUAUUGGUCACACGCCGUUGCAUCAAGCGGCACAGCAGGGCCACACCCUGAUAAUCAACUUGCUGUUGAAGAACAAAGCCAAUCCGGAGGCGGUGUCCAACAAUGGACAGACUGCGUUGUCGAUCGCCGAUAAGUUGGGAUACAUUACCGUCGUGGAGACGCUGAAGGUCGUAACGGAAACCAGCGUCACGCAAACGGUGGACGAGAAGUUCAAGAUUGUCGCUCCGGAAACCAUCCACGAAACGUUCAUGUCGGACUCGGAAGAUGAAGGCGGAACAGACGACACCAACCUGCCGACGACCACCGAAACCGCCAAUCUCCUGAGCCAGACCCAACAGUCGUGCAGCAGUAGUGGUGUUAUCAAGUACUAUCAAUCGCAGAUGCGCUACACACGCGAAGAUCCGAUCAUGUCUGAUCAGCAGCAGUACAACUACAUGACGAGCGACGAGAACAAACCGUUCGACGACACCAACAUCACCAAUAUGAGCAUCGAUCCGAUGAAGGAUGAGAAGUACCUUGAGAAGAUCAUUUCCAAUGCCGAAAAGUACCCAUCGAUGACACCCAGGGAGAGCACUCCCAACCCGCUGGACAUUACCGUGACCGACAAUGUCAACAUCACCCGCAAGCCGAUCCACGUCGGAACACCGUGGUCAUCGACAAAUUCCGGCCGGAGUAACCCAUCGUUGUCGCUUGGUGGUCUAAAGGCGUCGUAUUGCGAAAAGAAAAACUUUGUUCCACUGUGUAGGGAAAGAUUCUUGGUAUCCUUCCUGGUUGAUGCCCGCGGUGGAGCUAUGCGUGGGUGCCGGCACAGUGGCGUCCGUGUCAUCGUUCCUCCCCGAUCAGCUGCCCAACCGACCAGGAUUACCUGUCGGUAUGUGAAACCACAACGAAUCACCAACGCUCCACCACUGAUGGAGGGUGAAGCUCUGGUCAGCCGGAUUCUGGAAUUGGCCCCGGUCGGUGCCAAGUUUUUGGGCCCGGUAAUUAUUGAAGUUCCUCACUUUGCCUCGCUGCGCGAGAAAGAACGUGAAAUCAUUAUUCUGCGGUCUGACAAUGGAGAGACCUGGCGAGAGCACACCCUGUACGACAGUGAAGAAGCCAUUCACGACGUGCUGAACGAUACAUUCAAGGGAGAUACCUUGAACCUAUUGGAAGACUUGCACACUAACAGAAUCACUCGUAUUCUGACGAACGAUUUCCCACACUAUUUUGCGAUCGUGUCUCGAAUCAGGCAGGAGGUACACGCCAUUGGACCAGAAGGUGGCACCGUUUCGGCCACAGCUGUUCCUCUGGUUCAGGCAAUCUUCCCACAGAACGCUCUGACCAAGAAGAUCCGCGUCGGCCUUCAGGCUCAACCAAUCGAUAUGAACACCACAGCGAAUCUGUUGGGUCGAAGCGUUGCGGUAUCUCCGGUGGUAACGGUUGAACCCAGACGGCGCAAGUUCCACAAAGCGAUUACUUUGAGUAUGCCUGCCCCGAAGGCGUACAACUCAGGAAUGAUCAACCAGUACUCGGGCAAUGCGCCGACCUUGAGAUUACUCUGCUCUAUCACCGGUGGACAGAACAAAGCCGUCUGGGAAGAUGUGACUGGGUCGACUCCGUUGACCUUCGUUAACGAUUGUGUUUCGUUCACAACGACGGUUUCGGCUCGCUUCUGGUUGAUGGACUGUCGGAACAUCAACGAGGCGACCAAGAUGGCCACCGACCUGUACUCGCAGAUGUCGCAUGUGCCAUUCAUGGUCAAGUUCGUCGUCUACGCCAAGCGAGUUGAUCAAAACGAAGCGAAGUUGAGCGUGUUCUGUAUGACCGAUGAUAAGGAAGAUAAGACCCUGGAGCAUCAAGAGCACUUUACGGAGAUCGCCAAGUCUCGUGAUGUGGAAGUUUGUGAAGGUCGUGUGGUUUAUCUCGAAUUCGCCGGCAAUAUCAUUCCGGUCAUGAAGACCGGCGAGCAGCUUUCAAUACAGUUCAACGCGUUCAAGGAAAAUCGGCUUACGUUCACUGUCAAGAUCAAGAGCACUCUGGACGAACUUCUUGGUCGCAUUUCGUUCAUGAACGAACCCAAAGUGGCCAAGGGUGAACCAACCCCUACCCCCUUGUGCACCCUAAGCUUCACAUUGCCUCCAGAGAAGUACGGACUCGGUGGAGAUGAGAUGGAGACAGGAUCCGAAUUCGAUCAGAGUUCCACGGAAAUUCUGAACUAUGACCAGCAAGCAAUUGUCAACGCUGCCAACCGAAGCAAAACGCUCAACUUCACGUUCCAGAACGGCGACGCCGGUAGUGAGAUUCACAAGGCCGACAUCAAAAUCACCGACAUUUGCAAUCUGCUGGGAUCGGAUUGGCCUCUGCUGGCAGAGGAACUACAGAUUUCACCGAGCGACGUAGAUCUCAUCAAGGCCGAGUACGAGAACGACGAAGCCCAGCAGGCAGUGGUAAUGCUGCGUUUGUGGUUGCGUCAAGCCGGCAAGGAUGCCACCGGAAACGUCCUCGAGCAAGCGCUUAUUAAAAUAAACCGGGCGGACAUAGUGAGCAAAUCGAUUACCAACAUGGAACUGGUGACGGACGAACGUGAGAAGAAGCUCGCGAAGCAACAACUCGGCUCGACCAACGGAAUUGACGAAGUGGAUCCGGUGAAAAUCAACGGGGUGCAAAGUUACGCGAUGGAGGAUUCAACCCACGAACCAGCGGAGGAGAAGCAAGAGCACGAAACCGACGAAAAAACGAGCAAGGAGCCAUCGACGUCUUCGUCGGCAGCGUCCUCGCCGGACAACACCGAAGCAAUCCAGCAAAUCCGCAGGGAAAGUGCAAUCUUGGGCAUUGCUUCCGAGAAGAAGGACGGCGAUCUGGCCACCCCGCCACCCAGUCCGGCCGAGUACGCAUUCCCAGCGGCUGCCCAACAGCAGCCGGCAGCAGUGAGUCAACAGGUCCCCGUAGAUGAUGUCGAGCAGCAGGUUGUUGCUGAGGAUGUUCAGGAGAUCAUCCAGGCUGCGAUCGCCGAACACGACACCACCGGGGACGACGAUGACGAGGAAGAAUACGAAGAAGGUGGUGACUCUACGGAUGACUUUGAACAGCUCGAUCUGGAAACGGACAAAAGUGGCAAGGUUCGGACGAUCAAGAAGCACUCCAAGGUCAACAUCAAGAUCAACAAACAGUUAGCCCACAGGCCGAACGUUGAAGACAUUGAGUGGGAAGUUACGCCCGUUGUCGCGAGUGAUGAUCAAGGCGAACAGCCGGAAGUGGUAACGAAAGAGAUCUCGUCGGUCAACUUGGAGGAUGUCUCCAACGAUCGAAGGUAUAGUUUAGAUAGAAUGGACCCCUCACCAGGUUCCCUGCGGGUGGACGCUGGCCGAAUGUUUGAAAAGUCCUUCUCGACACCGGGUGAAGGUGAACAGAAAACCGAGCAGAUUGUGAUCAUUUCCUCCGACAACAAUAUCUCCGAAGUGGCAGCGGAUUACUCCGGCGACAUAGAUGAGUUUAUUUUCGUACAAACGUCGCCGGAGAACUACGCCAAGAUGGAGAAGGAUCAGAACACCACCGACGAGGACGACAACAGCAAUUUGGUGAUCAUCACCGAGGAGCACUACGACUACGAAAUGGAAGACGAUCGACGAUCGAGUGUGAUCGAUCAGUCCCCGCAGGACGACGAUGAUGAUUCCCCGCAGAAGUUCAUCGUCGGAGGUAGUAGCUCGGAAAGUGACGAAGAUCGGAUCGUCGGUGGUGAGGGAAGAGAUCUAGCACCGGAUCAACCGGUCGGAUCCAAUUGUCCUACUCCGUCCAUAACGGUUACGCAGCCCGGAGCCACCAGCGCAACCGGCGUAGCAAGUUAUUCCAGUCGAACAGGUGGUUCAUCCAGUGGAUCGGACGUAGCUCUGCAUGAAACUGGCGGCGAGCUGAGUGAUGACGACGAAACAGGUAAAGUCAUCUCUGUCCAGCAAAAGUGCGAUUCAGCCGCCGUUGACACCGCAGUUACUUCCGAAAGCGCACCAAUUUUAGUAGAAAGCGUCGAUAGAUCGGACAGUUGUGUUACUGAAACGCAACCCGUCGAAUCAGAAGUCAAACCUCAGGAACCCCACAUGAUAAUCGUUACUGAGGCCGAUGCCAUCGACGACAGUGCGGAACCACACUCGGAAUCGAAAUCGGUCGUAUCUACUUCCGGUGGCGAUGGCGACGAUUCACAAGGCCUGAUUGACAUUGAAGCUAUCAAUUGUGAAACCCUAUUGGAUGACGACCAACAGGCGGCUUUCGGCUCCGAAACGGACAUUUUAGUACCGAUCAAAACCACUAACGAUUCAAACUUCUGCGAUCUGACUGCUGACGGUGAUGGGAUCAGUUCCGAGCAAGUGGUGACGGUCAUUCCGAAUAACUCUUCAGACGAGAGCAACUUCACUGAUGAUAAGAACUACCUAGUGCAGAAUACCGACCAGGUGACAGGUGUGGAACCCAGUGAACCACCGGCGGACGAGCGCUUGCCCACUGCGGACAGCCGAACGGAAAGCAACACCAUUGUGGACGAAACGGAAGAUGGCACCGUGAGAACGACGGUAAUCACAACGACCACCACCACCAUCAACGCCACCUCGGACGACCUGCCGGAGGAUCUGCAGAGGCAAUUGCUGGAGCAAAUGCAACUCGCCGCAGCCAACUCUUCCGGCCAGAACGGAUCAAAUACGGUGGUGACGACCGUGACCACGACCAGCAGCGAAGACGCCGACACGGAACCCGGUUCCCCGAACCACACGACGACCACCACCACCAAGACCACAACCAACACCAUUACCCUCACCUCGACCGAUGCCGAUUUCCCCGAGGACGAACUGCUCCAAAAGAUCACCACCACUACGCAGCUUCUGCAGCAAUCCAGUGCACCGGAAGUAGUUAAGGAAAUCCGAACCGUCACCGUGACGGAGGGCGUGGACGGGAAACCGGACGCCAAACCCUCCAUCAACACGAUCGUCGAUGAGUUCAUGAACGAAGAGCGUAGGAAUUAAGUUCAUCGUGAAAUAGGUAUGUAAGUAGAUUUAGAGACGCGGGCCGCUUUUGCUAAUAUGUGUAGUUGAUCCACGAAUCCCCGUUUUUCGCGCCUUCGAGCGGCUAGCUUUGUAUAAAAUUCUGAUAAGGAUAAUGUUCAAUAGUUUAUCGUGGCCAAAAAUUGCGCGGAAAGGUCGAAGUUGGAAUCGCGAUGGCGUUUUAACCACCCCUUUUUUGAAGCUAGGUUAUUCCGUUGAGGGUUUCAUAACUUUUUAAUUGUGUAUUUAGCGUGUUUUAAUUAUGCGUAGAAAGCGUUUUGCUGGCAUCAGAUCUACUAAGUUUUUUAGUAGGAGUAUUAGCUAAGUCUCAGUGAUGACCAUCGCGUCAGCCCCUUAAUUUUCGGUGCCUAUAUUUUCCAAGCUUGAUUGGAUAUGAAAGGGAUGAAGAGCUGACGAUUAACAGGCCCAAUAUGCUGCUCUCGUGCUGAACUCUCGCGGCGCCACAUCCACUGCAAGUGGCUGAGUUGGCAAACGAGAGUUGUAAAACAAAAAUUUACGCAAAACGUAGGAUUGUGACGAACAGAGAGAAGAUUAUUUAUUUUGCUAACAUUUAUUAAUGUCGUCCUUGUAAAGUUUAAAUCUAGAGAGGUGCUCUGCCGUCUGGCAAAGGCUCCGUUUCAUAUUUUGAUAUUAUCGAUGUGUGGACAUUAUUAAAUUAUAUUAUAUUCGAGAGAUACUACAUAAAGAGAAUAUGUAAAACCCUACCUGGAAGAUUGAGUCGUUGGAAAUACAAAACUGGAAGUUAAUCCGCAGCGCAAAACAACUGAAAAUAUUAUAUGAAAAUUAGAAAGCUAUUUAACGUUAAUGUGGCACAUUUAUCUACUAAAACUGUAAAAUCAAUGGAAAAGUGCAAAUCGCAGCUAAUAACAAAUGUAAAACAAAAUAACUCUUACAGUGAAAUGAAAGUACAUGCAAGCAACAAUAUAUCAAAUCAACUCAAUGGAAGAUUACAUAGAUUAUUACAAAGAUUGAAACUAAUUCGAUAAAUCAAGAAGUAGAUUAUAGCAUUUUUCCUCAUUUCUGAUUACCAGUUUAGAAAAAAAAAUCACAACUCAGUAACAAAGUAACGUAGAUGUCACUACUAUAAAAACAGUAUUUUAAGAAAUUUUUUUUCUUGUUUCCAACGUUGUUUUAUUCUUUUUGUGUGACUAUUUAUUGAUUCGAUCUACCACAGUUAGCGCCUAGUUUAUUUCUAUUGUUUGUGUUUUUAGCUGUACCUAAUUUAAGUAACUAUUUUCAGUCAUUUGUUUGUUAUCAAUUUAUGAUUUAUUGUUUUUAACUCACAACCACACACACAAACUUUGACAGCUUCGACAGGCUUCUACAAAGGCCAGUUCAAUAAAUACACCCGUCCUAUCACAAACGUAGGCAUCUAGUUUUUAUCGAUAUAGUCCUUUUCAAAGUUAUCAUCAUUACCAUUAUGAAUUGAGACAAAAUCUUCCUUCCAAAAACAAAACCUACAUCUAAUAAUUGAACAUGCAUUAAAAUCGUCUCCAGCGAACUAUUUAUAACUAUAUAUGUAUUUAUCGUGCUUGUUGAAAAGAAUAUAUUCAGAAACACAAAUACACAUACAUUGAUAGAGGUGUGUUCUGAAACAAGAAGCAAACAAACAACAAACAAAACGAAUCAAUGGUGAGGUUCAUAUCCCUAUGAAAAGAGGAUUUAUUUACAAAAAAUGGAUGAUGAUGAUAAAUCUAUCUAAGAAUUAAAAAAAAAAAACGAAUGAGAAUCACAAACACACACAUAGAAAUUAGAGGUAGUGUAAAGUAUAAUGAAUCAGAACUCAUACAUGCAAUACGUUUGUAAGAAAUACGCAAAACAAUGAACGUAACACUUUGCAAUAUAAUCUGUGCGUCCUAUCAACCAACAACCAACUGCAAACGCAAGUUCUACUUACCUGUUUGACCCGCUGCUGACAGUAAAAAUCGUUGUAGAAUGCAAUCACGCAUUGAAGAUAAUUAUUAUUGACGAGGCAAAUAAUGAUCAAAUCACUACCUACCUAUUAUUAGAAAGAGUCACAAAAAAAGAGAGAAAUCAAACUCUAUCGCGUGAGAAAGUGAGUGAAAACGCCGAGAAAGAUGCCGAAAGAGCAUCUUUCGAAAAACAAACAUAAUGAUGAUCACAGAUGGAAAUUUAAAGAUUUAAAUAAAUUUAAUCAUGCUGAA